AUGAGUAUUAUUUAAAAUACCUCUCAAGAAAUUAGAAUUAAUAAUCUUUAGACUGAUUUAAAGUAAUUGUCAACCAAUACCAAUUUAUAUAUGCUUUAAUCAUAAGAUGAAAUAGCAGCCUUAAAUGAAAGGAUUAAUCAGAUCAUCAAUUAAUAAAAUCAGCAUGCUUCCAGCUUAAAUGUUAUUCAAGAGAAAUUGAAUCAGAGAGUAGAAAAAAUUUUUUUGGAACAUGAAGCAAGUCUAAUAAAUAAAAUAAAAGAAAUUGAAGAGUAAAAAUUAACGUAACACGAAGAAGAAAUAAAAAAAAGAGAAGAGAUGUUCAAUAAAUUUGUGCAGCUUGAUUAGUAGGUAGAUAAAUUGGAUAAAAAAUUUGAAUUAAAGGCCAACGACAAGUUUAUAGUUAGUACUAUCUAAAAUAAUCUUAUGAAUAAUCAAUUACUUCAGCAAACAUUAAUCGAUAAAGCUAUUAAGUUAAUUGAUGAUCUAUUAAAAUAGAAAGUUGAGGAAAUGUAAAAAUGGACUGACGAAAAGAUUUAAUAAUAAUAUUAUCAGAUAUAAAACUUUUCCACUUAUUUGAGAAAAUCAGAAAGAGUAGUUGAAGAACUCUAAAGUGCCAUUACAUUAACCAAAAAUUCAACCAUAGAAUUUGAAAAGGAGUUUACAUAAUAGAUAAACGACAUUUCUUAAAAAAACCAAAUUUUUAAGGAAACAAUCACAAUCCAAACUAAGGGCAUGCUCAAUCAAAGUUCACAAAUAAAAUAAUAAUUUGAUUAAUUAGAAUAAAAAAUUUAGCUUGAGUUUUAAAAUAUAAUAGAAAAACAAAGUAUCAUCACAAACUAAAUUCAAACUAAGGUGGAUCAAAUGAAUCAUUAUAUACAAUUUUGUUUGGAUAGUUCAGAAUAAAAAGUAUAUUCUCUAUGCAAAUAAGAAGAUUAAGAAUUGAUGGAAAAAUUAACAAACUAGUUUGAAACUAAAUUUAAAACUCUUUAAGAGAAAACAAUCUCCUUAGAUUAAGAGCUAAAUAAAUAAUCAGAAAUUUGUAACUAAACAAAAGAAAAAUUAAAUAAUUUCUUAAAGAGCUAAUAAGUUCAUUAAAGGCUGUAUCAAAAAAAGGAUGGAAUGCCUUAAUACAACUCGAAAUAAAGUGUAAAGGAUUAGUUAUUAGUUAUUGAAAAUUUAUUUAGAUAUAUUUCAUAAAUAUACUCACAAAUACAUAAAUCAAUCAGAACAGAUGAAAAUGAAUAACUCUAAACUAUUCAAGAUUCUACAAGGCAUUCAUAAUCAUGUUCUUAAGUUGUCCUCCUUGUAGAACAAUGCUAAUCAACAAAAAAAAUACAUGUAUCUCCAAAUAAAAGUCCUGAAAGAGUUGAAAAAGUAGCAAGUGAUAAAAUGGAUCUGAAGGACUAAAGAACAUUGGUGUCCUCUGUGGAGAGAAAUAAAGGGGAAAUUCAUAAAAAUUAAGAUAAAAGCCCUUUAAUCACUCUAGAAAAACCUAUUUAAGCUGCUAAAAUUGGGGAAGAAAUAUUUAGUGAUUAAAAGUUAUAAGAAACAAAUCAUCACCCAUUAUUAGUAGUCGGAAAGACCUAAUUGUUGGAUAUAAGACCAUAGCAAGAUUUAUUUUCUUUACAAUAAAAAGUCAAGAAAAUUCAAGGCAUCUUAGGGGUCGACCUACUUGGCUAAAGACAGAAUAAUAAUAUUUACUAAGCUUAAAGGUGUAAUUCUGCUUCCAAAAGACUACCCAAGAUAAAUUCAAGAAAUUUAAAUUUUAGUAUUGAUUGA